CAUGAUUUGGCUCGUGGCUUUUCUGUCCUGCAUUGGGCUGAUUGGUGCUGAAACACCCUUCAACCAUCGAGUGAACAAUGAGAGGGUCAUAGGAGGCAAUAACGCAAAACCCAACACCUGGAGAUGGCAGAUUUCUCUCCAGUAUGAUUCAUACAAUGACGGCUCAUUCUACCACAUCUGUGGAGGCUCUAUCAUCGAUAGUUUCUACGUUAUGACUGCAGCUCACUGUAUCCUCAGCAUGGAUGCAAGUGUGUACCGUGUGGUGGUGGGUGAGUAUAACCUGUAUAAGUAUGACGGCAGUGAGCAGUUCGUCCGCGUGGACACGAUCAUCGUCCAUCCUGGCUGGACUGGAGACCUUGCCAAAGGAAAUGACAUUGCUCUCUUGAGACUGGCUAACCCUGUGUAUGACAAUGGCUACGUGGAGGUAGCCAACUUUCCCUACCCUGGCGAGAUGCUGCCUCAUGGGUUCACCUGUUACAUCACCGGCUGGGGGCUUCUAGACCACAUGGGGAACGUCCCUGAAAUCCUGCAGGUGGCUCCCAUCCAGGUGGUGGAGCAUUCAGUCUGCUCCCGGCCCGACUGGUGGGGCAGCAUUGCUCUGAGGACAAUGGUGUGUGCUGGAGGGGACGGAGUCAUAUCAGGCUGCCAGGGCGACUCUGGAGGUCCCCUGAGCUGUUUCACCGGUGGAGCCUGGAGAGUCCACGGUGUUGUCAGUUACGGCCCAGCCGGCAUGUGCAACCAAGUGACUAAACCCACUGUCUUCACCAGAGUCUCCUCCUUCGAGGACUGGAUCUUUUCAAUUAUUCGUUAAAUGGAUGAGUGUAUUCAGUCAAAUGGAACUUGUGGAAUAAAAUUAAUUUGCAUCUCA